CUUUGUUCGUGGUUGGUCGCGCAACAAUAUCGUUAGCUCUAUUAACAAAUUAUAACAACAUACAUUUGUAUAUAAUAUUGUAUGGCAUUAAAAUCUUUAACUCGCUUAAAUCGACUGCGAUUAUAUUAUUAUGGGUGAAGAUAUAUAAUUUGGACAGUUUUUGCGACAAUUAGUGACAAUUGUAUAGUGCGUUUACCACUCGAAACCUAAAUUGGAGUGGUUGUGUUUAACCAUAAUCUCUGUGUGUAGUUUUUUUUCCCUGGCAUUAUUUUUGUUUUGUGUGUUUACGAAAAUUAGUGUUAUUGAAUUUAAUUCGGGAUGAAUUGUUCGCCAAUUUUCAUACCACAAUUUUCGAUAUCGUUUUUGGUAUCAUUAUUGGAAUCGUGCUAGAUAAUUGUGUGUAUAAGCGGGUGAAAAAAAAAAACGUAUUAUUGGAAAAUAAAGGAUAUAAUGGUUAGCACACCAAUUUAAAUGGAUAUUAUGUUCCUACUGCGAAAACGAAAUAAUUAGAAGUAUAAAUGCUGUGAUUAUAUAUUGAUUUUGUCGUUUAGCACCAAAUUAAUUUUUGAUCGAUUGAAUCAAUUCGUCGGCUUUAUAACUGGAAAGUUAAAAAGAAAAUCACCCAAGUGACAAAUGAAUGAAUUUUUUUUUUGAACUUUGUGCUUUACACCAGCUUACUGAAAACCAUAAUACAAUCCACAAACUAGUUAAUUUGAUUCACUCGUAUAUAUCGUUCGAUUUCAACUCAUUUUACCGUCGGUAUUUGCAUAAUAAUCGCAAACACAAUUUUUAGCUUUUGCAUUUAAACUUAUAAUUCAAUUAAUAGUUUGUUUAUCAACCAAAAUAUACUUUUACUUAUCGAUGAAAAAAUAAAUAUUUUGUUUUGAUUUGACAUUCAGUUCGGUAUGAAUGAAAAGAAAAGUGCAGCGAUACUUAACAACAUUUCAACAAUUCAAUUUCCAUUCUAAAAACACAAACACGUUCGAUUUCACAACGUGAAAGUGUUUCGAUCACAGUGUUCCAUGGUGUGGUUUCAUAUUGUUUAUUAUAUCGGUCGAAUAUAAAAACAUCAAAAGGAAUCAACCCCUGUUGCACAGCAGGAUUUUACCUCGAAUAUUUUCGGAUUGUUAACGGUGAAGUGUUUUUAUAAAAUAAAAAAAAAAAUAUUAUAAACAACAUCCGUAAUAAAUUGAGAGGUUUCAAUAUUUGUUACGAUAUUAUAUUAAGAAAGAAAGAAAAUUAAAUCAAAAAUAAUUUUUUAUUGUUGUGAAUGGUCUGAUUUGAUCAAGUGACUGAAGUGAAUAAACCACAGCGCAACCAUACAUUUAGAUAAAGUGGCCUCUUUAGGCGCCAACACGCUUAACUUUACGGAUUUGGGGAGCCCUUACGAGGGCCCCCCAGGAACGCCACAUUCCGGAAUGGAUGCACCAGAUGCUCCGCACACUCCAAAAUAUCUGGAUGGAGGUGCGACAACCAUUCCCGGUAAAUCGGCGUUUGUGGAAUUACAGCAGCAUGGAGAUCAUUACGAAUUUUUCAGGUAUGGUGCGAUACGCGGUGGUUAUCAACACUUUGGUGCACAAGGCGGACAAGAUUCAGGUUUUCCAAGUCCGAGAAGUGCGUUAGGUUAUCCAUUCCCUCCAAUGCAUCAAAAUUCGUAUUCAGGUUAUCAUUUAGGAAGUUAUGCACCGCCGUGUUCGAGUCCGCCAAAAGAUGAUAAAUGUGAAGACACUGGUUUACGGGUGAAUGGUAAAGGGAAAAAAAUGCGAAAACCUAGAACAAUUUAUAGUUCACUACAAUUGCAACAAUUAAAUAGGCGGUUUCAAAGAACACAGUACCUAGCUUUACCAGAACGAGCAGAAUUAGCAGCUAGUUUGGGAUUAACGCAAACUCAGGUGAAGAUUUGGUUCCAAAAUCGACGGUCGAAGUACAAGAAGAUGAUGAAAGCCGCCCAAGGUCCUGGCGUCGGUGGCGGUCUACCGUUGGGAGCUCCAACGCCCGGUUCACACAGUCCGAACCAUCAGUCAAUGCAUCCAGAUUUUACAGGUGGACAAGGCAAUGGUUCAAGUAGUGGAUCACCUUCACAUUUUCUACCUCCAGGACAUAGUCCAACACCAUCAAGUACACCUGUAUCUGAAUUAUCACCUGGUUUAAGUCCGCCCAGUCAAGCUCCAUGGGAACAGAAACCACAUUGGGGUGAUCAUAAGCCUCCACAAAUGACACCUCAACCACCUCAUGCACCGCCACAAUCACAUGCACAAAUGGGUGGCUAUGUACCUCAAUAUUGGUAUCAACCAGAAACGAAUCCGUCAUUACUAACGGUCUGGCCAGCCGUUUAACAUCAUGACUGGAUUAGUACAACACAUAGACACAUCAUUUCCUCAUAAUGAAGGGAAUAUUCACCAGUGGUCUAGGACAAACUUACCCAGUGUAACAUAUAAGAAUUUAUGGAUGAUCCAAAGUAAGGUUUCUUUUUUUAAUUAAAUUUAAUUUCUUUUUCUUUUUGUAAACGAAAAAUAUUGUGUGACGAAGAAGAGUGUGUUGGAAAAUGGAAUAAAGAAAAGUGGAAAAUUAAAUUCAGAGAAAAAAAAUAAGAAAAAUAAAAUUGGCAAAUUAUUUGAAUAUUUUUGAAUGAUCUCAUUUAAAAAUAAUUAAUUAAUUUAAUGAAGAAGAAGCAAAAAUUGAAUUUGUGUUUAUCACUUGGAGUUUAUUAAUUAAAACAAUUGUGUAGUAAACUAUUAAUUUAUAUGAUAAACAGCGCUGUGCAAUAAUAUUAUAAUGAACUUUAUUAUGAACAAUUUGAUUUUUAAUUAUUUUUUUAUAUUUUGAAAUCGACAUUGAGAUAUCGAGAACUACAAAAAUUGAAAAACUGACCGGAAAAUAAUGGAAUUUGAAGUGAAAAAUUGAUUUUCCAUUUGGAGAAACGCAAGAGAUAAAUUUAAAAAAUAUUUUCAAUCCAAUAUUAAGUUGUUGAUCAACAAAAUCGUGUCCGCACGGGCGUGACGCGAGUCUCUAUUAUUUUUUAUUAUUUGUGUUUCGUUGUAAAUGGAUGGAACAUUUUUUCUUACUUUUUCUAUUUAUUUUGUUUAAAAAAAAUUAUUCUCCCUCUUUAAAAAAAUUUAAUUUAAUGACAUAAACAGAAUGUGAAUAUGGACUGGACGGGAUGUGUAUAGUUAACUAAUAAAUUUUAUUGAUGUGAAUGUAUAAAAAACAAUUGAAAAAUGUUUGUAAAAUAAUGUAACUUUGUGGUGAAUUUGUACAGUUUUUAUUUGUCUCUUUUUUUGCUAUAAAUAAAUUUAGACGAAAUAUCACCGUUGACCUAUCUGCGAACUCACGUGUCGUGUCAUUGACGCUCUUCAAAAAUAUUAUUUUCUCAACGUUUCGCAUUAAAAGGAUAAAAUUUAAAAUAUUGGAUGUUGGGUAAAAAAAGUAUUUUGAAUCAUUUCUUACUUAUGCCAGACAUUUUCAAAGAAAGUACAACGGGUAAACUAUCCUGGAUAGUCAUCUGUUAUCGGCAACGAUGGCAAAAAAUGAGCAAUGAACGCAUGUUAGGUCUCUUAUUUAUAUCAAAACGUAUACUAAAACACGUGAAGUAGAAGAUUUUGUUUCGAACACUACGUGAUACUUUGAACAAAAGUAGUAACAUAUAUUAAAGAUUAGCGUUUUCAGUUUCUAAAAUGUGAUUAUAUAUCGUGACCUUCCUUCCUUUUGGUAUCCCAGACAGCACUUUCCACCAAAUAGUGCCAGAUCAGGCCUGACUCGUCGUAUUCUGAAAUAUCAGUUUUCUUUUGAAUUAAAAGUGAUUUUUUCAUAGUUCAGUUAAACUCCUACUCAACGAAUUUGUAGCCUCAAGAAUUCAUAAUUCGGAGUACAGGUUUAAUACGUUCAAAGCAAAGCGAGAGAUUUCAAAACUAUUUGUUAUUAAAGGAGAGUCUGUUUCAUUUUGACAACAAAUCAAAUUAGAGAAACAUGCAAGGGAAAAAAGCUCGGGCAAACCUUAAUGAUGUUUCUUUGUUCAACUUUUUGUUGAGAAAACCUUGACAUCAUCGGGAAUCAAGGCCGGAUAUUUUUGGUGGAAGGCUAGGAAUCCACCAACGUCCCACCAAAAAAGCUUUAAGAAUCAUAUUAGACAAAAAUAUAGAGUCGAAGUUACAAUGUAAAAAUAUGACAAAAAUAAUUUCUUGUUCUCUAAGAAUAAUAUGAGGUUCUGUGUGCAACUCCAAGAAUAUGAGGUUCUCAACAAUUCUCAGGACAAUUGAUAAUGUUUCACAGACUCCUAUACCAUCUGUCAUCGGAAGCAACGUCAAAAAUAAGCAAAGAGCUCUGGCUAAUGCAGUUCUAUAUAGAAAAAUGUAUGUUAAAACCAUAGAGGAUUUAUAACAAAUGAAGUAAUAGACAUUAGACCUGUUCCGAAUGUUUAGACAAAAAUAAGUAACAGACUCGAUAUUUCUGCUAAUGAUUUGCUUUCCAUAUGUGAAAGCUUAAAGUGGUAAAUUAGAAACAAAUUAAUAAAAGAUUGCUCAAAGACUGCUAGACAACAUUGGUAGCAUUUGAUUUUCCCUUAAUUUCUUUAGUCCUCUUCAUUUAACCCAUUAGCCCGACCGUCUACAGAUGUAAACCACGGAAAGCAAAGAAAAUCCACGACUAGAAACUGUACAAACAAUGUUGUUAAUGUACAAAAAAAUGCAUAAUGUAAAUUAAUUAAAUUAUAAAAUCGAUUUUUUUUAAAUUAAUCUAAAUGACUAAUUUGUAACAAAAGAGAAAAACUAGAAAUACGAAAAGAACACAGCAAGACAGUAAAAAAACAAACAUAGGAAAUACAGUAGAUAUCGAGAGAGGAAGUACUACGGAAAUUUAUAUGCUUAAAGAGUUUGGAAGAAAAAAAAAUGAAUAAAAAUGAAGUUACAAAAUCGUUUGACAAAAAAAGUAUUUAUAUAAAAAAAUGAAAAUAUUUCGUAUUUUGUACCCAAAUGGAAAAAAA